GUGCGUGAAGUUUGUAGCAUGUGAUGUUUCGUAAAAAGUGUUAAUUUUAACGAAAAUUAUAAAAGUAUUGGUCUGUAUAGUGCCUCAAAGUGUUAUAUAAAUAUAUCUUCUAGUGAUAAAAAACCGGUGUACAGUGUAUGUAGUGAUAUUGUUCCAUAAUAAAAUUACAUGGAUAAAGCCGUCACUUGAGGGUGUUAAGACGCCGUAUCUCCCGUGAUCGUGAUACGACACACAGUGAUAAGGAAAUGGAGUCGCAUAUUUUGAAUAUGUAUCACCAGGCGCCAUAUAGGAAUAUUGGUCAUAACAUACUCCGAUCGAUAAGCGAGUCGUUAUCAUCCGAGGGCAGUUGUAACCAGAACAGCCCGGAACAGCAGGCUGAUGAGAACGAAGUGUAUUGGACAAGAAAUACUCAGGUUUGGAGUCAAAAUCAGAAUGUAAAUAUAACACAGUCGAAUCAAGAUAUAAGUGUAGAUGUUGAUGAAAAUAUUGAAGUACAGGAAGUGUCUAUAGAUGAUAGGAACUCUGAAACCGAUGGUCAGUUGGACACUGAUAAUAUGGAGGAAAAUUCGCUAGUGGAAGGUGAUGAUUAUGAUAUCAUCCAAGUGUUUGCUGUCGAUCCAGAUUUAGAUCUCGAGUGUUCAUCGGAUGAAGAACAAGAGGAUUUUUGUAUUCCAGAAGAAGAUAAUACAUCAGAUGAAGGGGAAUACAUCGAUCCUGAAGAUAAGAUCAGAUACGGAACCGGUAAUAAUCAGUUCCGUAAAGGGAGUCUCCCGAAAAGUGUAUCCCAAGACAGUCUAGAAUUAAAUUUCGAUGCACCAGUCGUUUCAAAUGUCGAUGAAUAUUUUAUAAAACAAAAUGAUGAGAAGCAUAUAUUAGAGGUGAAAGACGAGCCGGUGGUCAAAGAUGUGGAUGAGUAUUUCAUCAAGGACACUAAAGAUAUGCCAACGAUUCCACCACCGACAAUCGUUGAGGAACUCCUAGUUAAAAGCAAAUUACCUGAGACAGAUUUCCGGAUAUCCAAAACUGUACCAGACGAGAUAUUCGAGUCCGAGCCGACCGUUGAUGUUAAAGAAAUAGAAACAGUCGAGCAACAAGAAGAUUCAGUGGCAGAUGUCUCCAUCAACGAAUCAGAUUUAGAAGUGCUUCCUAAUAUAGAAGACCUAAAGCGAUAUCUCUUGGACGAUUUGCCUUACACUAAACUGAAGAACGUACAGAAGUCUUACUCCGUCUCUCUACCACAUUCGCCGAUGCACAAUAUUUUGGAUAUAGAUUCUAAAACGUGUUUAAGUUUCGAGGAUCUUAAUUUAGAUCUAUCUGAUCUCACUUUCGAGAAUGAGAAAGAGAAAUCUAGUGCGAGCUUAAGGAGUGAUGAUAUGCCACGGACGUUGACGGAGGAAGACGUGAACAGCUUUCUGAUAACGAAUCAAACAGAGUCCAAGGAAGUUGUGACCGUCGAUGACUGUUGCCCCCAAGAUAUGGAAAUCGAUAGACCUCUGGGUGCUAUUAUCAGCAACGGAGACGUUCAAACCGUCAUACUACCAGACAGAAAAUGCACAUCAACGCCCAUCCCAAAACCCAAUGUACUAGAGUUCUGCAUAGAGAAGGUCGCUGUGAAAAAAGAACCAGAUAUAAAAGUCGAAACAGAUGAUUUUGUGGACGUCGAAUCGUGCAACGACGCUGUCAUACCCGUCCUGGAAGCGAAUAAUCUUAACUCCCUCCUGGAACAGUUUGAGGCAACCGAAAAAUUGAACAAACGAAGAAAACUAUCAGUGAAUGUGAGUGAUUCUAAAACAAAGACAAUAAGCAUAACUAGUGGCAUGAGACUGCAAGACGCUGGUGUACAAUUGAACAAGACGAAGAUGCGACAAAUAUUGAUGCCGUCGCCCCUUAACACUGUUAUGAGACGUUCUCCAAGUCCGAUCCACUCUGAUCACGAUUAUUGUUCGUCCAAGAAACGGCUCAGCCUCCCGAAUCUUAAGGGCGGUCAGAGUCUUCUCAAACCCGAGGUCCUGUCCAGCAAUAAUAAAAUACUCAGCUCGAGACAUAGGUCGUGUAAAAAUAAAAAAGUUGUCUACCACCUCAGCAGUGACGACGAAAGCGAUGCUAAUACAGCAAAGAAAAAUAAAAUUCUAAAUAAUAAUCGUGUAGCUGAUGAUGUUUUUGUUAAGAAUAAUAAAAAAUCUAAUAUAAAACUAACUGUUAAGGCAGCGGCGAAUUCGAAUCAUCGCAAGAAACAGUCGCCACCGCGUAGUGUGAAUGAUUGUGAUGUUAACAAAGAUAACGGCUCUGUGAUGGUGAAAAAUGCUUUUAAAGCAAGUGAUACUUCUUGUAGUCAAAAUUGUAACGGUAGCAUUAAGUUAACGAUAAAAAAUAAAUCCGAGGUUAUUAUCAAGAACUGUGAUUUUAAGGACAAUCGUAAGGACAACGUUGAUAAAAAUAAAUUUGUAGGUGUAAGUGCUAAUAGAUUUUUGAACGAUAUAAAUAAUUCUAAUAAAGGCAUAGAUACUUUAGAUAGGAACAAAACGAAAGACUUAAAUAGGGUAGAGAAACAUUUUAAUGUAAUCGCAAAACAAGAAGUCAAUUCUAAAGAACAUUUCUACACUGCGCUGUUUAAUGAUAAACAGGAUAUUGAGCUUCCGCAAAUAAAAGCCGAGAAUAACGUCAAAGAUGAACAAACACAGGCCGAGAGCUUAAAUGAUUUGGAACAACCACAAAAGAAGAAAAAGCUGAAUCUCCAAGAGUACAAAUUAAGGCGAAAUGUUAGUUCAAAUGCUAGCUCAGCUCAAGUUAGCCCCGAAGCUAUAUUUCCCGAUAUCCCAUGCAACAUAAAUCUUGAUAAGAAUUUAAGGGCAGUAAACAAUCAAACAGCCAGUGACGUUGUUUCGGCACCAAAAGAGCCUUUAAUUUCAGAAGCCCCAAAAACAAUCUUCGAUCCCAUAAGAGAAGCUUCUAGAAAAAUACUCAUGAAUUCCAAAAAGCAAAAGGCUGAAGCUAUGAGGAAGAGAGAUGAAGAUAUUGUUAUGAGCAAAAUACCUAAAGUGGAAAACUUAGAACUACAGCCCCUUAUAAGUGAUGCGGAAAUGAUGAAAAUUGUUGGCAUGACACCUAAGAUACUCCCUGUGCCUAUUGUACCGCCAACACAAACAGUCGUAGAAGAUAAAGUUCAACUAAAAGAUCAUGACGAAAUUGUACUUGUUAGCAUCGGUACAAACACUGAUGAGAAUAUGUUCAAACAGAUAGACAAGGUUAUUGAGAGCAAAAAACGGAAGUCCUCAUCGCCUAAACACGAAAACAAAAUGACGAUCAACUUUAAGAUCAAAAAAUCUGAUCCCGUGUUGAAACAAAACGUAUUCGAUACAGUUAAACGAAGCAAAAGUCCCAUCAAUGAGAAAAAUCAUUCGGAGGUUAAAAUCGAUAAAGAGAGGCUCAAAGAUAUUACAGCGACGUUAAAGAGUGUAGAAAAACAAGUGGACACGAAGAUUUCUAGCAAUUCUCUAUUUGCUAGUAUCCAAGACGUUGUGAUGAAGAAUGCUCCAACUGCUGAUAUUACUAAAGCUGAAAAGUCCCCGAAACAUAGCUCAGUUGAAAAACGUGAUGCACACCAUAAAUAUAAAACGAGCAUAGUGCGACAAUACGACAAUAGUGAUGACCAUGGCGAGGACAAAAUAAUCCUUCAUCUAGAGAAGAAUCGUAAAAAACCUGAUCAAGCUAAUGUCGAAGUUCAGACUGAUUCCCCCUCUGAAACUGUCGUAAUAAAAGAUAAAGUAGAUAUAAAAGAGAGCAGCCCUUCAACAAGGAAACGAAAUGACAGUGACAUGUCUAUGUCGAGUGACGGCAGUCCUGUUCGUACAAAAAAACAGCACGUGCUGGCAACUAAAGACGAAAAAUUAUCUCCAACUAAACCAAGACAAGAUAGACGCGAUGUUCCAAGAUCGCAGUCAAAAGAAAAGAGAUGCAGGUCCACAGACCGUUAUGACGUCAAAUACCGACGUUCAAGAUCACACUCACGGGGCCACAGAAGGAAAAGGUCUCAUAGCCGCAACAGGUCGCGGUCUCGAGGACGUUUCAGAAGAUAUAGAAGAUCAGACUCCCCGUAUAGAAGGAAAAGAAGAUCGCGGACGAGAUCGCCGUAUCGAUCAACAAGACGCUCUCCGUCCGUGCGAAAGGAUUACCGCUCCACUCGCACCCGCUCGAGGUCGAAACACGCAGAGAAGAAAUCGAAAAGCCCAAUGCCGAAAAAACGGAUCAGUCCACAGAGAGCCAACGCUGAGAAGCCGUCCAGGUCCCUAACACCUCCACCAAGAAAACCGACCGUCUCGGAAAGCUCUGAUUCCUCGACGUCUUCCAGUUCGACUUCAUCGGGCGCUUCCUCGGCGUCGAUCAAGUCGAGAUAUUCUUGCAGUCCGUACAAAAAAGAUGAGAAUUUCAGGAAGAACUACAGAAACUCAUUUAGUUCUGAAGACAGAGAAAGCAAUACUCCAGUAGAGGAGAGGCGGAUCGUUUUCGUCGGCAGAUUAGAGAAAGAUCUGACGAAGGCGGCUCUGAGGGCUCAGUUCACCAAGUUUGGGCCGGUCACUGAAGUCAGGCUGCACUCCAAGGAAGACGGUUCUCGUUACGGUUUCGUAACGUUCCAACGACCUCGCGACGCGUGGUCCGCGGUAGAGGCCGCUUCUUCUUUCCCUCAAUACGACGUGGGCUUCGGCGGCAGACGAGCGUUCUGCAGGCAGAGCUACGCUGACCUUGAUGGUCUAGAGGCGAAGUACACGGAAAGCGCUUUCCACGGCCAGGCCGCGAUGCCGGUCCGCCGGAACGAGGACAUGUCGUUCGAGCAAAUGUUGUUAGAUAUAAAAAAGAAAUUAAAUAAAAGGAAAGGCGACAAAGCCCGCCAAGACGAUGCUUGACGAUUGCUUUAUUUUAGUCCCCAUGUUUUCAUUCACCCGGUUACCAGUUCUUUGCUCCUGUCAGUGAUGUGACGUAUUCGCGCCCAAAAACUGACACGUGUCAGGCUGACAGCUGUCAAAAAAGACAUUUUUUUCUGUUACUUUUCUAUGUUUUUUAAUGCUCACAGCGUACCUUUAUUUGAUUGUUUAGUACAUUUUUCAUAAACUGUAUAUAUUAAUUGUUUAGUUAGUGUACGUUUGUACGGUUAUCGAUUCUACCUCUUUACUUACCAGUACAGUUUUUUUUUUUUAAUAUUAUUAUUAUUAUUUUGGAAAGCAGCACACACACUGCCAGACAAAUGAAUUUUACGGAUAUAUUUUUUUACAUGUUCCAUGUAAUUAUACAGUUGUUGUUCGUCGCAAUUUCAGAGGCUCUUGUUGUUUUUUUUUUAAUUACAAUAAAUUCCCAACAACCACAUUGAAUUCUCCUUUUCCGCAAUCGUACGUAAUAAUGUUACCCCCGUAUGAAUGUUAUGACGUUACAGAACGUAAUUUAGUAUGUAUUUAUGUAUAUUAAAUAAUAUUGUACUUUUCAAACAAAUAAUACAUUAUUGUUUGUUGAUUGUUUUGUAUAGGUGUUUUAUGUAUCAUAGGUACGAUGGAUUUUUAACACUAAAUUUGUCCAUUAGGUAUAUGAAACCAUGUAACUGAUAUAUCACAAUCUAUUUACCAUUGUGCUGUCUACAUGUAACAAGUUCCAUACAAUAGAUUAUAUGAAAAAAAAAUAUCAAAAUAUAUACACACGUCCAUACACAGAUAACUAAACGCUUCCAAAAUUUAAGCUAGUGCCAAAAUUUUUCUGUUCCUAUUACGAAUUAAUGCCAUAGCAGCUGAAUGCCUUAUAAUCUUGUUGUUCUAGAUUAUUCUGUGAAUAGUUUUAAAAUAACUCAGUCUAGGGAUCAAACAAUCGCUUUCUUAUACAGAUAGAAUUUAGGUGUGAGACUGCUGUCAUAGACUGCUUAGUUUUGUAGCUUUUGGAUAUUUUUUGCUAACGAACGCAAAAUAUACAUACACAGGAAUUGAUAGAUAUACAUAUAUAUGUAUGUUAGAUUAGUUUAGGUUCUGGAAAAUAUUACUAUAUACAUAUAUAUAUAAUAUCCAUUUUGUUUCAUUGACAUAAGAUAAUUAUAUUUUCGUAUCUCCUAGUCAGUGUAGCUGGAUAUAUAUAUUUAAGGCUUGAAUUUAAACUUUUUUUUUUUUUUAACUAUAACCUCUUUGUAGCAGCUGAUGAUUAUAUUUUCUUAAUAUGUUUUAGUUUUAAACUCACAUCUCCGAUGUUAUGUUGAUAAAUAUAUAUAUAUAUAUAUAUGUUUUUCAUUGUAAAUUAACCUCUUUAUGUUUUAAAAUGUCGAAUUAAUAACAAUUUUGCAUUAUAAAAGCAAGAAUUAUUUUGAUCUUGAAAAAAAAAAUCAUAGCUUCAACACUUUUUUAUACAUUGUUUUGAAUACUCUUAAAAAUAUAUCAGUACAAUCUAUUCGUUAAGAUUACAUUGUUCUUGUCUAAAUUGGGUCUAACAUGUUGCAUUAUUUUUAUUUUUCUUACUAUAUAUAGUGCUUGUAUACUAAGAAUGAACGAAUUAUGUAAAUAGUUAUUUACCCACGUGUAGGGUCGAUAGAUUGCUUGGAGCUGGGGUGAAUCAGAACUGUUUUAUUAUAGUCACAGUCGGCUGAUGUGGCAAAUGUUUCUGUGACAUGCACAGCCGACUGUGGGAAUGUAUAUAAGUGGUAGGAAGAAUGUUUUAUAAAUAAUAUUGUUGAGAAUAAAGUAUUUUGAACAGAAA